UUUUAUGUAUUUGAGUCGUGGAAUUAUAUAUAUUUUAUUUUUUCUUAUUAAGUAUUUUUAUUCAAAACCAAUAUAUGUUUAUAUUUAUGUCUUUAAUGACAAUAUAUGUUUUCAAUAUUUUUUACUAACAGCACAUAUAGGCAACAGUGUUACACGUGCAAUUGGCGUGAAGGCAAUAUUGCAAUUUUCUUAUUGUUUGUAACAUUUAUACAUUAUUGACAAACCACUGAUCGAUAUUAUUGAGGAAUCAACUUUAACGUUUAAUGGUAAAACAUAAUGUCAAAUCAAAGACCAAUUUCUUGUGGUCUUGACUUUUGUGCAGUACCAGAUUUGAGUAAUUGUCUUUUUACGGCACAUGCAUCAAAAUAUGAGUUUAUAUGCGCUCCACUUGUCCAUCCAUUGUUUAAAAGAGAAUUUAUUUCUGGAAAGGCAAAAGAUCGUGCUGGACCAUUUACCAGGCCAGACAUAGUUUUAUGCAGUUCUGAUUGGAAUACUUUAGUUAUUGGUAAAUUAUCACCACAUAUUAAAGUUGAUUCAAAAAAUCCUAGCUUAAGGAAAAACAGCGAAGAAGCUUUAAAGCAAGAAUUAGCUUUAGCAAGUCAUUUAGGUCUUAUAGGAGUUACUUUUAAAUUGACAAAAGGAAUAAAAGAAAAUGCAAAUCUUAGCCGCAUUAUUUGUGAUAGAGUUUCAAGCAUGUACAGUUUACAGGUUUGGGUUCAAGUUCCAAUGGAAAAUCCAAUCAAACAAGCUUCUUCUUACAGAGAAGAAGAUUGCGGGGGUAUAGUAGAAAGUCCAUGGGAAUGGUGGAAUGCCUUCAGAAUAGUUUGUGAUUAUAAUAAAUAUGUAGGUGUUGCAUUAAUUGUUAGCCAUGAUCUUCCUGAUCAAAAAGAGAUUGAUAGGUGGCUAGGAGAACCAGUUAAGUGUUUGAUCUUUCCAACAACAUUAUUUAUCACAAACAAAAAAGGAUAUCCUGUACUCAGUAAAGCACAUCAGACAUUAGUGAAAAAGUUUGCCAUGCUAGAAGUACAAUUUAUACUUACAGGGCAAAAUCGAUAUCAAAGUAUUACUUAUUAUCAUAACUAUUUGGAGUACUUAUGGAAGGAUCGUGCAUCAGAUGGACCAGUUGAAAGAUAUGCUCGUGGUUAUGAAGAUUAUCUGCAAUGUCCUUUACAACCACUUAUGGAUAAUCUUGAAUCUCAAACAUAUGAAGUGUUUGAGAAGGAUCCUGUUAAAUAUACACAAUAUCAAACUGCUAUUUAUCAAGCAAUUAAUAUGAUUGUGCAGACAAUAGAAGACAAAAAUAAGAAAAUAGUAAUAAUGGUAGUUGGAGCUGGAAGAGGACCACUUGUUUGUGCAUCUUUAAAUGCAGCAGAAAAAGCAAAUCACCCAGUUAAAGUAUAUGCUGUGGAAAAAAAUCCUAAUGCAGUAUUGACUUUACAAGCACUAGAAAAAGAUUUGUGGGAGGGCAAGGUAACAGUAGUAUCUUGUGAUAUGAGAGAAUGGAACUCCCCUGAAAAUGCUGAUAUUAUGGUGUCAGAGUUACUUGGUUCAUUUGGUGAUAAUGAACUUUCUCCAGAGUGUUUGGAUGGCAUUCAGCGAUUUUUAAAACCUAAUGGUAUAUGUAUACCAUCUUCGUACACAUCAUAUAUUGCGCCCGUGCAGUCGUCUAAAUUGUACAAUGAAGUAAGACAAUACGGAGAAAAAGACAAACACUCUUUAGCGCACUUCGAGAAUUCAUAUGUAGUUCAUCUACAAAAUAAAUAUGACAUUGCAAAACCGCAACCAUUAUUUACUUUUAAACAUCCAAAUUACGCACCUUUUAUUGAUAAUUCAAGAUAUGAAACAAGGGUAUUUAAAGUACGUCAAAAUUCUGUAUUACAUGGCUUCUCUGGAUAUUUUGAUACUAUUCUAUUCAACAAUAUCACACUAAGCACAAAACCUAGUACACAUAGUCCUGGAAUGUUCAGUUGGUUUCCUAUCUUUUUCCCAAUUAGGGAACCAGUACAAUUAAAAGCUGGGGACGAAAUAGUUGUCCAUUUUUGGCGUCAGUGUAAUUCUAAGAAGGUGUGGUAUGAAUGGUGUAUUAGCGAGCCAUUUCCAGGACCUAUCCAUAAUCCUGGUGGUCGUUCUUAUACUAUGGGUUUAUGAGUUAAUGUUUAUUUUCGUGACUCAUUUAUUUAAAAAGAAAUCUCUAAUAUUAUAAAAUAUCUUUCAUCAAUAAAACUGUAGCAAAUAUUCUGUUACACAUUUUUUCUAAUAAAAGUGAUUCAUUAUACAA